AGCACCGAGCAAAGCACGGGGAGGAUGGACGCUGGCUCGGCCGGGCUGCUCGUCACCUUCCUCCUCCUCCUCUCCAUCCUGUGGCUCCUGGCCUGGAGGAGUGACAAGAAGAGGAGCCAGCUGCCUCCUGGCCCAGCCCCGUGGCCCAUCCUGGGCAACCUGUGGCAGAAGGAUGUCCUGCCCCUCUACAGGCACUACGAGAAGCUCAGCAGCACCUACGGCCCCAUCUUCACCGUGUGGCUGGGGCUGAAGCCAGUGGUGGUGCUCUGUGGGUACAAGGCAGUGAAGGAUGCCCUGGUGGGACACUCCGAGGAGUUUGGGGGCAGACCCCACAUCCCCCUCCUGAUGCAGCUCUCCAAAGACUAUGGAUUUGUCUCCAACAAUGAGAAGAAGUGGCGGGAGCUGCGGAGGUUCACACUCAGCACCUUGAGGGACUUCGGGAUGGGGAAGAACUCCAUGUCCCAGAAGGUGCAGCAGGAGGCUCAGCACCUGGUGGAGCUGCUGGCAAAGCUCAAAGGCAAUGCCUUUGAGCCGAUGACCGUGUUCAGACACGCGGUGUCCAACGUGAUCUGCUCCGUGGUCUUCGGGAGCCGCUACAGCUACAGCGACGCGGCUUUCCUGGAGCUGCUCAACGCCAUCGGGAACUACAUCAGCUUCUUCCUGUCCCCCGUGGCCAAGGUGUACAACACCUUUCCCAGCAUCAUGGACCGGCUCCCGGGGCCGCACAAGAAGGUCCUGGCCGACUGCCAGAAGCUGAAGGCCCACAUCCAGGAGAAGGUGCAGUUCCACCAGCUGACUCUGGACUCCAGCUGCCCCCGGGACUACAUUGACUGCUUUCUGAUAAGAGCAGAGAAGGAGAAGGGCAGCCCAGAGACCAUGUACAGCCACGAAGACCUGAUCAUGUCAGUGUUCAACAUCUUCGGCGCCGGGACGGUGACAACCAGCAACACCCUGGUGUUCUUCCUGCUGAUGCUGGCAAAGCACCCCCACAUCCAAGCCAAGGUCCAGCAGGAGAUCGAUGCCGUGGUGGGCCCCGGCCGUGCCCCCAGCACGGAGGACAAGCUGCGGAUGCCCUACACCAACGCCGUGAUCCACGAGCUGCAGCGCUUCCACAAGUCCCGCAUCGAGAACUUCCCGCGCAUGACGACGCAGGACGUCCUGUUCAGGGGCUACACCAUCCCCAAGGGCACUCCUGUUAUUCCAGUACUUUCCUCUGUGCAUUCGGAUCCAACCCAGUGGGAGAACCCCGAAAGCGUGGACCCCGCACACUUCCUGGAUGAGAAGGGCGAGUUCAGGAAGCGCGAGGCCUUCAUGGCAUUCUCGGCAGGGAAGCGGAUGUGCCCGGGGGAGGCGCUGGCCCGCAUCGAGCUCUUCCUGUUCAUCACCACGCUGCUGCAGAGCUUCACCUUCCAGCUGGCCACGGAGCACAGGGAGCUGGAUUUGUUCUCCCUGUGGCUCGAGAUUGAGAGGAGGGCGAUCCCGGGCAAGUUCUUCGCUCUCCCACGCCCGGUGUCCUCCUAAGCUGGGAGAGUGGGACAAGGAAAGGCUCUCCAGGUGCUCCACCCCUGCCCCAGAGCAAGCCCUGUGGCCACGAGGGCACAGCCACAGCCACCACAGGAGGGACACUUCGGGCUGGGAGCUUCUCCUCUGAGAACUGUCGGGCACGUGUGCCACCAACUCCAUGAGCAGCCUGCUCCCAGCCCUCCCCAUCCCAGGAACACGAGGAAGGUGCCACUGCUUCUCCAUCCCCAGCCUGAUUCCAAUUCUCUCACCUUCCAAAACACACACUUGCUAUCUCAUU